AUGAAGACACCGGAUCUCAGCUUUUCUACCAUCAAGGGAGCAGCGCCGUUGACAGAUUUCAGUGUCGGCCAACAACUUCGAGGUGUCGUGUCCUAUGUCACCGAUAAAUUGGUGAUGGUCGAUGUUGGUGCGGAGAAGGAGGGCCUGGUACCAAUCUCGCGAAUGCGUGGUGCGGCUCCUAAUGGCAGCUGCUUUGACUGCGUCCGAGAGGGAGAUGAAGUGGACGUCUGGGUGAGCGAGGUCUCGAAUCCUCACGAUCUACGCCGUGGUCAGCUCCUUCUCUCCACGGACAGAAACAAGGUUUGGAAACCCACGGCCAACGUCACACAGUUUCAGUCGAAUUUGGGCAAGGCCUGGUUCGAAGGAACGGUCACCCGAAACCGAUCUUAUGGCAUGUUCGUGAAGGUCCCAGCACCUUCUGGCCAUGGAUUCAUGGAGGGCCUGCUCCCCCGAAGCGAGUGCAACGAGAACCUGGCCCCUGGGUCCCAAGUGAACGUGCGGGCUUUGCGCGUGGACGCCGAGAAGAAUCACCUCUACCUGACCAUGCGCAACGCUUCUGCUAAAGGGCCGGAAGCCAGGCUCGCCGUGUUCAUGAACAUGACUGCCGAGCGGAUAAAAGGCACUGUGACACGUACUGGCAAGUUUGGCGCUUUCGUUGAGAUUCCGCAUCCAGAUGGUGGCGCCAUCGUGGGACUUAUCCCUUCUCAGGGCAAGGACGACAUUCAUCGCCAUCGCCCGCGCAGCCUUGAUGGACUGCACAUUGGUCAAGAGCUGGUAGGCGUGGUCUUGCGCGUGCACCCGCUUGCCUUGGUGGACGUCGGCCUGAAGGUUCGAGGGCUCCUUCCUGUGGGAAAGAUGAGCUCUGGCAAGCAUGAGGAGGAGAGCGAGGAGGCGAUGGUGAACUUGGGCGAUGUUGUUCAAGUUUGGGUCAGCGAGAUCCGGAACGCCACCAAGCGAGACCGGCCUAGCCUGAUUCUGGCAAUGGAUGAAAACCGGAUCUACAGCCUCUGGAAUUCCGGGCCGAUGGCGGAUCUUGAAGAUUUCUCCGAGCUGGAUUCGCAGCAGUGGUUGUCAGGCACAGUGACACGAAAGCAGGAGGCAGGCUGGUUCGUGAACGUGCAGUCGCCACGUGGGGAAGGGUCCCGCCAGGGCUUCGUUUACCUGCCAGAAUGCAAGGGCGAUGCCGACAUCGGCUCGCAAGUGCAGGUCCGCGUCUUGGGUGUUGACUUGGAGAAGGGCUACAUGGAUCUCUCCAUGCGCACAUCUGAGCCCUUGAAGGGGGUGGAAGCCAAGCUGGCAUUGUACCGAGACCUCAUGGAUCAUUGGCUGCAGGGCCGAGUUAAGAGUUUCGGGGCCUACGGCGCCUCCGUAGAGGUCCGACAUCCCGUUGCUGGCACGCUCGUGGGCAUCUUGCCGAAGGCACAGAUGGCAUCACAGAGAGAGCUGAUGGUAGAUGAGCAGGUGGAGGUUCGUGUCUGGGAUGUGACAGACGACCGCCUGUUCCUGUCCAUGCAGGAGAAGGUGAAGGAAAUGCCCAAGGAAUUCCUGGCCCUCGUGGAGGAUGAACUGGGAAGUGCCAUGAGUGUGGAGCUACUGGAAGAGG